GGGGGGGAAAUAGCCUCCUUGCCCAAGUGAGGAUUUCGGCCGCGCUCCUCUGUGUUGAGCUCUUGGUGCAAAUAUUACAUCCCUACAAUUUAACAUAUCGACAUGUGUAUUUUAAAAAAAGCAUGCUCAAUUUAUAUUGUUGGCAUAACAAGAAACAUUAAACGAGACAACAAAUAGGGCGAGUACAAAAAAAAACCGACCGAAACAAAUCAAAGACUAAAUAAAAGUUUGACAAAUCGUCAGACAACAAAGGCGAUCGUGAGAGCGCGUGCACCAUCCCCCCCCCCCCCCCCCGCGUUGAACAUGAAGAGGAGGCAAGUCUGUACGGUGCCCAAGUCGGCCGACUCUAGCCCCAAGGAGGAAGGCGGCGACGGCCACGAUGCCAGCGGUGGCGUCCGACUCGCGCGCACGAUCGGCUUCGCCACGGGCGUCAACGUGCUGGUGGGCAGCAUGGUGGGCUCGGGCAUCUUCGUGUCGCCCGGCGGCGUCCUCCGUUUCGUCGGCGGUGACCCCAGCUCGGCGCUCCUCGUGUGGGCCGGCUGCGGGCUGCUCUCCCUCCUGGGUGCCCUCUGCUACGCCGAGCUGGGCGCUGCGGUGCCCACGACGGGUGGCGAGUACGCGUACGUCCGGCGCGCGUUCGGCGCUCCGCUCGCGUUCCUCUUCGCGUGGACGUCCGUGGCGCUGCUGCGGCCGGCCAUGAACUCGGCCGUGGCGCUCACGUUCGCCGAGUACGUCCUGCGACCGCUCUUCCAUGGCUGCCCCGCGCCGCCCGCAAUCGUCAAGUGCCUGGCCAUCGCUUCGCUGCUGGUCGUGGGCAUCCUCAACUGCGUCAGGUCGGCGGCUCGUGAACAGCAACAGCGACAACGCAGCGAGGCACUUGUCCGCGCGCGUGUGUGUGUGUGCCCUGACCGUUCGGCCGGCGCAGUAGUUGCGCGCGGCUGUAAACCGUUCCCGAUAUCUGUCUCUAUCUCGGUGGCCCGCUGCGGGUCCGAUAUGCGACGCAUUCACCGUUUAAUCAAUGAUCUAAUUUCCAUAAAUUUUCAUGCGUCGUCUGUGAACGUCGACUGCAGUGGCAGCCAAGAUAAAUUUUCUCAGGUGUGCGACCUUGAUGCCGCCGUGAGUGACAGAAUACAGAAAUACGACCCCCGAGUCCACUUAGAGGAGUCUCAGGGCCGGUUCAGAAACUCGUCGGCGAUGCUGGCCGUGGAGCGGUACACCGAGCUUCGGUCAACGUGUUUGGAGCGCAGUAGCGCGGAUCACCGUGCUCAGACGUCACCAUGUGCCCUUUCGAGUGACGCGGGCGAGCACAGUGCUCUGCUCAUCACAUCCCCCAUCGUUCACCGCGAGGGCAACGGCGACGCGCGUGAACCCUGCGAGGUGGCUGACAAGCUGCUCAAGGACUUGACAAUACCGCCGACGCUUGCCCCCCUCCCCGCUCCCACUCCCCCACCCCUGUGCAGCAUGAAGUGGGCAAUGCGAGCCCUGGACGUGCUGACGCUGCUCAAGAUGCUGGCGCUGGCCAUCGUCAGCGUGGGCGGCCUGGUGCUGCUGGCCAGCGGUCGCACGCACAACCCGCUGGGCUCGUUCGCCGGCGCGCCGCCAAGCCCCGCGCAGAUCGGAGAGUCCUUUUACCAGGGACUGUGGGCGUACGGCGGAUGGAACGCUCUCAACUAUGCCACAGAGGAGCUCAAGGAUGUGCACAAGAACAUCACGCGCUGCAUCGUGGUGGCAGUGCCCCUGGUAACUGCAUUCUACGUGCUGGUGAACAUCUCAUACAUGACCGUCUUGACUCCGAAGGAGAUCAUAUCUUCAGCCGCCGUGGCGGUGACGUGGGGCGACCGCGUGCUCGGCUCCUUCUCGUGGAUCGUGCCGCUCUCGGUGGCCGUGUCGACCUUCGGCUCGCUCAACUGCAGCGCCUUCGUCAUGGGGCGCCUCAACUACGCGGCCGCGCGCGAGGGCCACGCGCUGCCCUUGCUCGCCAUGCUGAGCGUGCGCCACCAGACACCAACGCCGGCCGUCGCCUUCUCCACGCUGCUGUCCGUCGCCUUCGUCCUGCCCACCGACCUCAUCAUGCUCACCAACUACUUCGGCUUCGUCACCUGGCUGCUCGUGGGGCUCAACUGCGCGGGGCUGCUGGUGCUGCGCUACCGCGAGCCCGACCUCCGCAGGCCGUACAGGGUGCUGUGGCCUGUACCCGUGGUGGUGGUGCUCGUGUGUGGGUACCUGGUGCUCGCCCCCAUCGUGUCGUCUCCGCGCUACGAGUACCUGUUCGCGCUGCUCUUCGUGCUCGCCGGAUUUGUCUUCUACGUGCCCUUCGUGCACUUCAAGCUGCGCGCGCCGUGCCUCCCCGCGCUCACCUGCUGGCUGCAGCUGCUCCUCGAGGUGUCGCCGACUGUCGCGCCGGCCACGUGCGUGGACGCCGUGCGAUAGCGACGAGACGCGCGCCGUGCAAGCUCCGCGGUCCGCAGCGACGGCUGGCCGCGCCUUCACCUGUCUACGCCUAAGGUGGAGGGCCGAGCGGGUGCUGCCGCCAUUAGCGCGCGGUUAGAGUCACGUCGUCAGUGACGCGACGUGUCCGCCGCUCACUGUAGAGGUCUGCGGUUCGAAGGCCCAGUUGCCGCCCUGGUUAAUGCUGCGGGUGUAUUGACCACAGAUGUGCGAAAAAUGUGCUUGGUUUUUGCUUCACCGUGUACGUUCAAGGUCCCAUUACAAUACUUUAAAAAGUAGGCCGAAUUUUAACAAUGCUGUGAAUACCAAAUAUACUCAAGUAUUCCCAUUGUUAUAAUGCAUCAUAAUAUCCAAAUUAGCAUUGUUUGUACAGCACUCAUUCGCACUGCUGAUUCUAAGACGAUGGUAGACAUUCAAAUUUAUUUCUGACAGGUGGGGACUGUGGCCCAGUCUACUUAUAGGAACAACCACAAAUGAGUUCCUUCGAAAUCAAACUAAACUGAAUUAUUUUUAUUUUAUCACGUAAGGCCCACUGACCUACAGUAUAUAGCUCCUUUUUCAAAGCAACCUGGACACAAAUUAUAGCUCAAUGAAGUGGGUAAUCAUGUGGAAAUGUACA